GUGUGUGUGUGUGGGGAGUGGGGGGAGCCUGUUGUGUUGUGUUUGUGUUUGUAUGCAUAUGGGCCACAGGCAUGUGGUCGUCAAGGUGUGUGUGACGCCAUGUGUCAGUUAAAGGAGGCGGGGCCUUGAAGGUGGAACCUGUUCGCCUGCUUCAUAUCCAGUUCUCCUCCAGUGGCCGGCGCUCCUCUCCCUUAUUCGCAGCCUGCAGAGCGAACAGCAUGGACCGAUAAGCCCGGCCGUGACAACCCUGACGACUCCGCUUCACCCGCACAGACUGCAUGGACCCUGAGGUUUAGCGAAGAGGGACAGAAUACUAGAAUCAUGCCGUCACACCGCAGAGGAAGGAGUCUCUCUGAGGCCCUGACCCUGGAACAGUCAGAUGAGGGGGGGGUGGUCAUUUCCAGCAUCAACAAUGUCUCAUCCACCCAGGGACUGAGAGAAGGCGAUGAAAUUCUGGGGGCAACGAUCAAUUUCGAUCAGCUGUCAAAAGAGGAGGUGUUAAAAGUACUGAAGGUGAUUGAGCCCUUCAAUGACAAGGUCCAGGUCCUUACUCGAAGCAACCUGAGCAAAAGCAUGGGGAAUUUGGACCAGUGCGCCAAGACUCCCGAGACGAUGCUGCAGGAUUCCUACAACAAACUCUACAACGACAAAAUCAAGAAGUUCAUAAAGGCAGACUUGUCUGGUGCUAAGGGGGGCUAUGGGAAUGGGGAAGUUUCAGCCGCAUCCAAGAAACACAACACAGACUUGCCUCGCCUCGGAGUUGACUUUGGACUCAGGAAAUCCACACCUUUGAGUGCAGACACUAAUGCUAAUCCACAAUCUGAUGUUAGAGAUCUAACAGAUGGCUGCAAUCUGAACCUACCACCGUUGGGCAUCGGCUUGAAUGGGACUACUCUAAGUGACGCUCAGGUACCAAGACUUAAAGUUGAUGCUCGAAGUCCACAGCUUAAUGGUCCAGACUGCCACGUGUCUGGGACAUUACCAGGAGGUACAAACACUGAUCGUCCAUCAGUUGGCUUGGCAAUGCCAAACAGAACUUGUGAAUCUCCAGAAAUGGGUAUUGACAUGGGUUCAGGUGUUACUGGACCUAGAAUGGGUAUUAACCUUGAUGGGGGAAAUAUUAGUGGUCCAUCUUUUAACACUAGUGUUCCCACAGUGAACAUUGAGCGAACAGACCAGGAAUUCAAAAUGCCAAAAUUCAAAAUACCAGUGAUGGAUUUCUCAGGACAUUCAGAUGCACAGACCCCAGAUAUUCCAUCAGGUAAACUCCAUGUCAAGUCUUCCAAGAAACUGAAAACCCCAGAUCUAACUCUGGAUGACCCUUCCAGUUAUGUAGGAUUACCCAAACCUAGGCUGUCUGGGAGAUCAACUGAUUUAGACCUAGACAUGCCAGAUGUGACUGUAUCACAACCUGAUGUAAAUCUACCCAAAGCUCCAUCACUUGGCAUCAAAGGGCCAUCUGGAAAAUUCAAGGCCCCUAAGUUCACAAUGCCCAAAUUUGAUUUACCAGACAUUAAAGCGCCACAUUUAAAUGGAAACUUAGAGGGACCAGAUCUGGGAUUGUCAGGUACAAAGCUGAAGGGGAUAGAUGCUGAACUGAAAACUCCAAACAUUGCUGGCCCACAAUUUAAAGGGGUUAUCGGUUCUCCAGAUUUGAAUCUAUCUGAUAUGGAUCUUGGUAAACCCAACCUAGAUCUUACGAGCCCAGAUGCCAACUUACAUAUGACCUCAAGUACAUUCAAAGCACCAGCAAUGAAGAAUGCAAAUAUUGACUUGAAUGCUCCUGACCUGCAUAUUGAUGCUCCCUCUAGCAAAUUUAAAAUGCCUAAAUUUAACCUUUCAGGUACAGGGGCAAAUAUGGACCUAAACUCAGACCUAAAAUCCCCUGAUCUAAGUCUCAAAUCUCCAAAGAUAAAGGGUAGGAUUGAUGCCCCUGACAUGGACCUACCAAACAUGGAUCUCAAAGCUCCAAAGUUAGAUAUUAACACUCCAGAUGUCAACAUUGGCUCCCCCAAAACACAGUUUAAAAUGCCAAAGCUGAAGAUGCCGAAAUUUAACGGCCCAAACCUGAAAGGACCUGAAAUUGAUGGUAACUUAGAUGGUCCAGACUUUGAUGUCAAUGCACCCAAUUUCAACCUCAAAGGUCCUAAAGCUGAUCUAGAUGUUGAUGUUUCUGGUCCAUCUGGAAAAUUAAAAAAGCCUAAAUUCAGCAUGCCUAGUUUUGGGCUGUCUGGUCCAAAAUUAGAUGGUCCAGACUUGGACCUAAACCCACCUGAUUUAGAUAUAUCAGGUCCCAGUCUCAGUGCACCAGACAUAAACCUCCCCAAGGCUGACCUCAAAGGCCCAAAGAUGGACCUGGAUGCCCCAAAUCUCAACUUAGACAUGCCAUCAGGCAAACUGAAAAUGCCAGAACUUCAUGGUCCAGACUGGGAUGUUAAUGCGCCUUCAGGCAAACUGAAAAUGCCCAAAUUUAAUCUCUCAGGUACAUUACCAAAAGGACCAAAUUUGGACCUAAAUGCAGACAUGAAGUCUCCAGAUUGGGAUCUGAAGGCUCCAAAACUAAAGGGAGGAAUAGAUACCCCUGACAUGGACCUACCAAACAUGGAUCUCAAAGCUCCAAAGUUAGAUAUUAACACCGAUGUCAACAUUGGCUCCCCAAAAACAAAGUUUAAAAUGCCAAAGCUGAAGAUGCCGAAAUUUAACGGCCCAAACCUGAAAGGACCUGAAAUUGAUGGUAACUUAGAUGGUCCAGACUUUGAUGUCAAUGCACCCAAUUUCAACCUCAAAGGUCCUAAAGCUGAUCUAGAUGUUGAUGUUUCUGGUCCAUCUGGAAAAUUAAAAAAGCCUAAAUUCAGCAUGCCUAGUUUUGGGCUCUCUGGUCCCAAGGUAGAUGGUCCAGACUUGAACUUAAACCCACCUGACCUAGAUAUAUCAGGUCCCAGUCUCAGUGCACCAGACCUAAACCUCCCCAAGGCUGACCUCAAAGGCCCAAAGCUGGACCUGGAUGCCCCAAAUCUCAACUUAGACAUGCCAUCAGGCAAACUGAAAAUGCCAGAACUUCAUGGUCCAGACUGGGAUGUUAAUGCUCCUUCAGGCAAACUGAAAAUGCCCAAAUUUAAUCUCUCAGGUACAUUACCAAAAGGACCAAAUUUGGACCUAAAUGCAGACAUGAAGUCUCCAGAUUGGGAUCUGAAGGCUCCAAAACUAAAGGGAGGAAUAGAUACCCCUGACAUGGACCUACCAAACAUGGAUCUCAAAGCUCCAAAGUUAGAUAUUAACACCCCAGAUGUCAACAUUGGCUCCCCAAAAACAAAGUUUAAAAUGCCAAAACUAAAGAUGCCUAAAUUUAAGCAUCCAAACUUGAAAGGACCUGAGAUUAAUGGUCCAGACUUUGAUGUCAAUGCACCCAAUUUCAACCUCAAAGGCCCUAAAGCUGAUUUAGAUGUUGAUGUUUCUGGUCCAUCUGGAACAUUAAAAAAGCCUAAAUUCAGCAUGCCUAGUUUUGGGCUCUCUGGUCCCAAGGUAGAUGGUCCAGACUUGGACCUAAACCCACCUGACCUAGAUAUAUCAGGUCCCAGUCUCAGUGCACCAGACAUAAACCUCCCCAAGGCUGACCUCAAAGGUCCAAAGCUGGACCUGGGUGCCCCAAAUCUCAACUUAGACAUGCCAUCAGGCAAACUGAAAAUGCCAGAACUUCAUGGUCCAGACUGGGAUGUUAAAGCACCCUCAAGCAAACUGAAAAUGCCCAAAUUUAAUCUCUCAGGUACAUUACCAAAAGGACCAAAUUUGGACCUAAAUGCAGACAUGAAGUCUCCAGAUUGGGAUCUGAAGGCUCCAAAACUAAAGGGAGGAAUAGAUACCCCUGACAUGGACCUACCAAACAUGGAUCUCAAAGCUCCAAAGUUAGAUAUUAACACCCCAGAUGUCAACAUUGGCUCCCCAAAAACAAAGUUUAAAAUGCCAAAGCUGAAGAUGCCGAAAUUUAACGGCCCAAACCUGAAAGGACCUGAAAUUGAUGGUAACUUAGAUGGUCCAGACUUUGAUGUCAAUGCACCCAAUUUCAACCUCAAAGGCCCUAAAGCUGAUCUAGAUGUUGAUGUUUCUGGUCCAUCUGGAAAAUUUAAAAAGCCUAAAUUCAGCAUGCCUAGUUUUGGGCUCUCUGGUCCAAAGUUAGAUGGUCCAGACUUGGACCUAAACCCACCUGAUCUAGAUAUAUCAGGUCCCAGUCUCAGUGCACCAGACAUAAACCUCCCCAAGGCUGACCUCAAAGGCCCAAAGCUGGACCUGGGUGCCCCAAAUCUCAACUUAGACAUGCCAUCAGGCAAACUGAAAAUGCCAGAACUUCAUGGUCCAGACUGGGAUCUUAACGCGCCUUCAGGCAAACUGAAAAUGCCCAAAUUUAAUCUCUCAGGUACAUUACCAAAAGGACCAAAUUUGGACCUAAAUGCAGACAUGAAGUCUCCAGAUUGGGAUCUGAAGGCUCCAAAACUAAAGGGAGGAAUAGAUACCCCUGACAUGGACCUACCAAACAUGGAUCUCAAAGCUCCAAAGUUAGAUAUUAACACCCCAGAUGUCAACAUUGGCUCCCCAAAAACAAAGUUUAAAAUGCCAAAGCUGAAGAUGCCGAAAUUUAACGGCCCAAACCUGAAAGGACCUGAAAUUGAUGGUAACUUAGAUGGUCCAGACUUUGAUGUCAAUGCACCCAAUUUCAACCUCAAAGGCCCUAAAGCUGAUCUAGAUGUUGAUGUUUCUGGUCCAUCUGGAAAAUUAAAAAAGCCUAAAUUCAGCAUGCCUAGUUUUGGGCUCUCUGGUCCGAAGUUAGAUGGUCCAGACUUGAACCUAAACCCACCUGACCUAGAUAUAUCAGGUCCCAGUCUCAGUGCACCAGACAUAAACCUCCCCAAGGCUGACCUCAAAGGCCCAAAGCUGGACCUGGGUGCCCCAAAUCUCAACUUAGACAUGCCAUCAGGCAAACUGAAAAUGCCAGAACUUCAUGGUCCAGACUGGGAUGUUAACGCGCCUUCAGGCAAACUGAAAAUGCCCAAAUUUAAUCUCUCAGGUACAUUACCAAAAGGACCAAAUUUGGACCUAAAUGCAGACAUGAAGUCUCCAGAUUGGGAUCUGAAGGCUCCAAAACUAAAGGGAGGAAUCGAUACCCCUGACAUGGACCUACCAAACGUGGAUCUCAAAGCUCCAAAGUUAGAUAUUAACACUCCAGAUGUCAACAUUGGCUCCCCAAAAACAAAGUUUAAAAUGCCAAAGCUGAAAAUGCCGAAAUUUAACGGCCCAAACCUGAAAGGACCUGUAAUUGAUGGUGACUUAGAUGGUCCAGACUUUGAUGUCAAUGCACCCAAUUUCAACCUCAAAGGUCCUAAAGCUGAUCUAGAUGUUGAUGUUUCUGGUCCAUCUGGAAAAUUAAAAAAGCCUAAAUUCAGCAUGCCUAGUUUUGGGCUCUCUGGUCCGAAGUUAGAUGGCCCAGACUUGGACCUAAACCCACCUGAUCUAGAUAUAUCAGGUCCCAGUCUCAGUGCACCAGACAUAAACCUCCCCAAGGCUGACCUCAAAGGCCCAAAGCUGGACCUGGGUGCCCCAAAUCUCAACUUAGACAUGCCAUCAGGCAAACUGAAAAUGCCAGAACUUCAUGGUCCAAACUGGGAUGUUAAUGCUCCUUCAGGCAAACUGAAAAUGCCCAAAUUUAAUCUCUCAGGUACAUUACCAAAAGGACCAAAUUUGGACCUAAAUGCAGACUUGAAGUCUCCAGAUUGGGAUCUGAAGGCUCCAAAACUAAAGGGAGGAAUAGAUACCCCUGACAUGGACCUACCAAACAUGGAUCUCAAAGCUCCAAAGUUAGAUAUUAACACUCCAGAUGUCAACAUUGGCUCCCCAAAAACAAAGUUUAAAAUGCCAAAGCUGAAGAUGCCGAAAUUUAACGGCCCAAACCUGAAAGGACCUGAAAUUGAUGGUGACUUAGAUGGUCCAGACUUUGAUGUCAAUGCACCCAAUUUCAACCUCAAAGGUCCUAAAGCUGAUUUGGAUGUUGAUGUUUCUGGUCCAUCUGGAAAAUUAAAAAAGCCUAAAUUCAGCAUGCCUAGUUUUGGGCUCUCUAGCCCCGAGUUAGAUGGCCCAGACAUGGACCUCAGUGGCCCAAAUGUUGACUUAGACAUGCCAUCAGGGAGAGUGAAAACUCCAAAGAUAAAGGGAGGAAUCAGUACUCCUGACUUGCCCAACAUGGACCUUAAAGCUCCAAGAUUAGAUAUAAAUGCUCCAGAUGUCAACUUUGGCUCCCCAAAAACCAAGCUUAAAACACACAAAUUGAAAAUGCCUAAAGUUGAGCUGGCAGGCCCAAAAGGACCUGAGGUUGAUGGCAAUUUUAAUGGCCCAGACAUUGACAUGAGUGCACCAAACUUCAAUCUCAAAGGUGCGAAAACUGGAAUUCCAGAUGUUGGUUUUGGCAGCCCAUCAGGGAAGCCCAAAAAGUCACGUUUGAACUUUCCUGAUGUAGGGUUUUCUCGUCCAAAGUUCGAUGGCCCUAACUUUGAUGUUAAUUCGCCAGAUCUAAAUGCCAAGGGACCAAAUUUGAAAUUAAAUUCAAACCUUAAAUCUCCAAAGCUGAAAGGUGGACUCGACGGCCCAAGGAUCGGCUUACCAGAUGUUGACCUCAGUUCUCCCAAGUUGGAUAUGAACUCACCAGAUGUCAACCUUGGUUUCCCAGAUGCAAAAUUCAAAAAGCCCAAAAUCAAGACGCCAAAGGGCCCCAAUGUUGACAUCAGUACGGACCUACAUGGGCCAAAUAUGAAUAUUCCGGAUUUAGAUGUUAAUGGUCCUAAAGGAAAACUAAAAAUGCCAAGUUUACAUAAACCAGAUCUCAGUCUGUCAGGACCUAACCUGAGCGGUUCAGAUUUAGAUUUAACUUUACCUGAUGCCAGUUUCAUGGGUCCUAAGUUAGAUCUCAAUGGAAAAUAUCCUGAUGCUAGAAUAGAUGGUAACAUUGGACGACCUGACUUAAACUUUGCUGGCCCUCAAGUUAAAGGAAACUUAAGAGGUCCAGACAUUGAUGGUCCUGAUUUUGACUUGGGAGAAAGAAAGUUCAGGCUCCCAACUUUCAAGAUGCGCCCAUUUGGAAGCCCAGAUCUUAACAGGGGAGGUUCUGAUAUUGACUUCACCACAUAUCAAAGACCAGCACAUCUAGAUAUUUCUCCCCGAAAUGCAAAAUACAACAUGAACGCAGACAUUCUUAAGGGAGAUUUUACACGUCCAAACAUGGACCUCUACAGCCCUCCAAUGGCAAUGAGCAGUCCACAGCUACACCUAAGAUCUCCAGAUCUUAACAUUGACGAUAUUUCAUUAAAUAUGCAAAGACCUCCUCCUAGGAAUCGCAAAUCAGACAUGACAGGUAUGAACAUGAGAAUACCCGAUCUGGACAUAGAUGGAAGACUUCAUCACCCAGACAGAAAUUCCCCUAGAAUGAGACUUAGGUCUGGGCAGCCUCUGCUCAGUGAUGUUUUAAGCCGGGGUGUUGAUUUCCAUCGUUCAGAUCUCAACAUUGAUGAUUUCACAGGAAAAGAUCAUGUGCUCAGAGCCAGAGGUUCAACACCUGACCUCCGUACAAUACGUGACAGUGGACAGGACUUCUACCAUUCAGGACUAGACAUUGACAUGGGGCGCAGUAGAAAAAUCAGAAGGCCGCCUGACGGUGCAGACGGAUACUUUGUCACCGUUUUUCCUUCUCAAACACAAAGCCAAAGAAUGCCAAACCGUAAAUACAACACACUCGGAGCACCCGACUUUAAUUCAGGAAACAUAGACCUUGAAGUCCCAAGAAAAUAUGACCAAAAAGGUUCAACAUACCUCUUCUCCAACCUUGUGUAGCCUUGGCCUUUGAGUAUACCUUUUGUUUUGGGUUUAUUCAUAGUCACUUUAUAUUUUUUAUCUUGUAUUAUUUCUGUAAAUUUUUAUGAUAUGCAUUACAGUACUUUCUACUUCUGUAAUUUUUUUUUUUUUUAGUUUUUGUCUUUCGUAACAAAGCAAACAUACAUUAAAAUGCCGAAAUCUUGCACUUGUUUAACAGUUUAACACAUUUCGUAACAAAAAGUUUUAUACUGUACAAUACUUGUUUGAAGAGAAGUUUUUUUUUGUUUUUUUUUGUUUUUUAAUUUACAUUAAACUUGUUUGAUAUUGCACUAAAUGGUGAAAUAGAUGCUGUUUAUAUUUUUUUGAAAUGUACAUAUUUUCUUUUGGGUAUUCAUUGUUGUGUACGUUGUGGAUAAAUGUGCAGUAUAAAUACGCAUAUGAAGUCUAUCAAAAGGUUGUAACCAUAUUUGCUUCCAGCAUAUAUUGAAUAAUGAAAUUAUUUAAAACUGACUUAUAACUUACUUCUUAAUGUACACGUCUUUUACUACAUUGUUAUUUAGUUUACAAAAUAAACUGUAUUUGUAUUGUAUUUGUUUCAAGUUGUGUAUGCUUCAUGUAGGAGCUGUUUAAAUAAAGUCACAUUUUCAUAAAGUC